CGGAGCGGGGGGAGAUCCCAGCCCGGGAGGGCUCGGCGGCCCCGCGGGGCCUUUUGCCGGCGGUGGACGGGGCUGAGGUGGUCUGGCGCCGUUUGCGCGGAGAUGACGCCUUCGUUCACGGGGCGCUUAGUUACUAAUCUUAAUAGGUUUCGUAUUGUUUCUUUAAAGUAUCUCGGCGGGCCUAAUAGAAGAUAUUGUCACUUCCCACACGGCUUUCCCCGUUCCCGUUCCCUGGAGGUGCUCAGGGCCCCGCGGCCCUGAGCAACCUGGUCCAGUGGGAGGUGUCCCUGCCGGUGGAACUUCAUGUUUCAUGGCAUGAAAUUAACCACGAAGGGCUUGGAACGGGAUGAGCUUUAAGGUCCCUUGAACCCAAACCAUUCUAUGGCUCUGUGAAUUUUCCUCUGAGAACAUAACAGCUACUGUCUCACUGCCGUAUAAAUUGCUGAGUGUUGCUCGAUUAAUAGGAAAAGUGGGUUGUGUUUUUUUUAUAAAUAGCAAAAAGGUCAGCUUUUGGUUUUGAAGCUGAUGGUGACAGGAGAACUUCCCUCAGAGUUCGUUUAUAUGCUCUCUUAGAAGCUGUUCUUCCAUCCCUGGAAGUGUGCAAGGCCAGGUUGGACAGGGCUUUGGAGCAACCUGAUCUAGUGGAAGGUGUCCCUGCCUAUGGCGGGGGUUGGAAUGCGAUGAGCUUUGUGGUCCCUUCCAACCCAAACCAUUCUAUGAUUCUAUUCUAAGAAAUAUGAGGAGUUUUUUUGAGACAUUGGCAGUUGCUUAGCAAAGCUGGAUACAGUGAAUGAAGUAUGAACUGCUUCAGCAGGAAACCCAGAAAGAUUAAAAAGUAGGUCUGCAAGCUCUUUCAUCACCUCAUUUGUCCUCUUGUGCUGGAGCAGUGACAGCUCUGCCUUUACUUCUGCAAACAGGGGCAGUGAAUCCUGUGUGCUGCAUCCAGCCUACCCUCUGUAAGCUCACAAAGCUUUUCACUUUUAUACCUCAAAAGCUUUGUAUCGGUUUUGUUGUCCUCCCUGAAGUGUUAAAGCCUCAUCUGCUAUUGAAGGUUUGGCCUCAGGAAACCAGUAAUGAGAUACGAGGGUACAUCUGCCUGGAUAACAGAUUCAAGUUGCAUCUGGCUCAGGAGAUAUGUGGCCUCAUGAUGUUGUUGCUUACUCAUAAGGGCUGCUGUGUGGGAGCAGAGGGGACGGGUGUUUCCAUGCCCUCCUGCAGCAGUUGGUUUCAAUCUUGCAGUUGGUUUCAGUCUCCAGCCUUGAUGAAGGGUGAACACGGCUGUUUCCAUCCCUUCAGGUCACUCCAGUGUGAUCUUUCUGGAGCCGUCCUGACCCGCCUGCUCUCCCUGUGAAACCAGAGAACUUCUGUGGCUGAGGCUGCCAGACUGCUGCUUCAGCCUAAACUCAUUUAUAUAUUUGUGCCUGAGCUUUUUUUAGGAGGCUGCAGGAACAUUUCUGCAGGUGGGAAAUCUAAGUUUUUGAGAAAUCGGAACACCUUCGCAGAAAUCUGAGUGUACCAGGCUUGAGCUCUGCCUGUAGGCCACUCUGUAUCCAAAAUCCCUACCCCCAAAAACAAUUUAAAUGGAAACAAGUCAAAAGAGUGGGCAGCUGUUACAUUUAUAGCCAAUACUUGUCUGCAGGCACCACAGUUGUCUUUGUUCUGGAGGGUGUCGAGAAAACUACAGCACCCAACCUGUAACACUUCAGAAAAUCUCUGGGUGCUUCGGGGCCACUGUUGCUUCCAAAUGUCACCUUUCUGUACAAGCUGGCAGAGUUGGCAGUCCUACCUACUCUUGUGAUUUAGACAAGACCCACGGGCUCUUCUCAGGCUGUUGGCACUGUCAGAGGGUAAAGCUCACUUCAUCCAGGGGUGAAAAAGAACUAUUUGUAGCCACUCAGCGUGUGGAUGGUAAGUUGGGUAAGCAGGGAACUGGUAUUUCUUGCUAGGAGUUUAUAGCUCUUGAAAAACAGCAUAGCAGUGUCAAAUUGAGUUAGUCUGUCGGCUUUCAGGUGGAGAGAAUAAGGCUGGAUUGAAAACUAAUGGAAAUUCAGGCAUGAAAAGGUGUUUUUCCUUGGCUUGCUUAGAAGAAAUCAAGGGAAAUGCCAAAGUAGAUGUUUGAAGUCUGAGAAGAUGCUGCCUGGGCUGUGGGCUCAGAGCAGGUUCUCAAAUGUGGUGUGCUCCUGCGGUGCUUACUCAUGUCAUUGUUAUUCAUGAACAGCAAUUCCAGCUAUCCUCAGUGUGGUUUUGGGAUAAAAACUGCUUUCAGGUUGGUUUGCUCCGUUUCCACUCCCCCCUUCUGGAGGGUUGUGCUCUGAAGGCUGACAUAUCACUCUACCAAGCAUUAAAUGGCAGCUGUUUGGCUUUUUUCAUGUCUCUAUAUAGGUCACUUGUAUUGCAGGGAACUGUUUGUUGGUGUAAAAUUACUUCAUUUGUGACCCACCAGGAUAGCAGCCUGACAUGUGAAGCUUUCUAUUUCAUUCUAAUUGUUCAUUACAUUUUAUGAUGUUUGGUGCCUGGAAAAAAAAAAGCAGUUUACCAGUGUUCAUCAUUGCAAACAAUUUGUAAGGAUUUAUGAGAUCCUGGUGCCAACAGCAGAAAAAAUAAACUCACAUGAAAUUAUCAAUCACUUUAAAUUGACAUGAUUUUUUUCUGUCCUGAGGAAAGAUGGCCACAACUGUGUGAAAUACAUCUCCUGACUAGCUCUUCAUCACAGGAGAAAGUUCUGGUUCCACUAAUGGCUUUAGUGAUCCUUAUUUUAAUUUCUCAGAAGUGAAAUGUGUUUCAUCUGGGAAAAGUUCUUUCUCCUGCUGUUGUUUUUUUUUUUUUAAUGUAGAUUUAGUAACCUACUUUGUUGUUUUGCAAGGUGCUGUGAAAUCCAGAAAGUAGGAAUUGUUUCUUGAUCAUUUAGAGAGUUUCUUAUUUACAGCAUUAGUUUUAGGACUAAGGAAACCUUGCCAGAAGACUGGAUUUGCUACCUAGGAAAAAGCAGUGAAAGGGGGUCAUUCCAGGAACAGCAAAAGUGGGCUCCAGCUGAAACUCUGCAAGCAAUUGUAGCUCCUUACCACGUGGACUCUAGUGAAAAAUGAGCCCAUGAUGCUGUUUUUCCCUCACUUGGGGCACUUACAAGGAGAGGAUGGGGCACUGGCUGAAAAAUCUCGGGCGACGGCGAUGUCGGUGGAUUGCCUGGGACAGCGCGCGGUGCUCUCGGGCCGCCGUUUCCUCUACAUAGUCAACCUGGAUGCACCGAAUGAGGGCCAUCGGAAGAUCUCCCGCCAGAGCAAGUGGGACAUUGGGGCAGUGCAGUGGAACCCACACGACAGCUACGCCUACUAUUUUGCAGCUUCGAGUAAUCAGCGAGUUGACCUGUAUAAGUGGAAGGAAGGUAAUGGGGAAGUUUGCACAUCACUGCAAGGACACACACGUGUGAUCAGCGACCUGGACUGGGCAGUGUUUGAGCCAGACCUACUGGUCACCAGUUCUGUGGACACAUACAUCUACAUCUGGGACAUCAAGGACACCAGGAAGCCCACGGUCUCACUCUCUGCAGUUGCUGGAGCUUCCCAGGUGAAAUGGAACAAGAAGAAUGCCAACUGUUUAGCAACAAGCCACGAUGGGGAUGUCCGAAUAUGGGACAAAAGGAAACCCAGCACUGCGGUGGAGUAUUUGGCAGCUCAUCUCUCCAAAAUCCAUGGUCUGGACUGGCAUCCUGACAAUGAGUACACACUGGCCACUUCCAGCCAGGACAACUCUGUCAGGUUCUGGGAUUACCGUCAGCCUCGGAAAUACCUCAAUAUCCUUCCCUGCCAGGUUCCUGUCUGGAAGGCAAGAUACACGCCUUUCAGCAAUGGGCUGGUGACAGUGAUGGUCCCCCAACUUCGUCGGGAGAACAGUCUCCUUCUGUGGAAUGUCUUUGACCUGAACACGCCUGUCCACACUUUUGUGGGACACGAUGAUGUCGUGCUGGAGUUUCAGUGGAGGAAGCAGAAAGAAGGUUCCAAAGACUACCAGCUGGUGACGUGGUCCCGCGAUCAGACCCUGCGGAUGUGGCGGAUCGACUCCCAGCUGCAGAGGCUCUGUGCUAAUGAUAUCCUGGACGGAGUUGAGGACCUGAUUGAUGGGAUUUCUCACCUGCCAGAGCCAGACAAGACCCUUCACCCCCAGGAUGCGGAGCCCCAGCAUAACUCUGGACACGGGGAUGAGGAAGCCUUAAAAGAAGAUUUCCUGAAUGACCCUCUGGUGGGAAAGAAAACGGACCAGCUGGGGCUGCCUCAAACCCUGCAGCAGGAGUUUUCACUGAUCAAUGUGCAGAUCCGAAAUGUCAAUGUGGAGAUGGAUGCAGUGAGUCGCAGCUGUACGGUGUCGGUGCACUGCGGCAACCACAGAGUCAGGAUGCUGGUGAUGUUCCCUGUCCAGUAUCCCAAUAAUGCUGCACCGUCCUUCCAGUUCAUCAACCCAACCUCGAUCACAGCCUCCAUGAAGGCAAAGCUGCUGAAGAUACUGAAAGACACUUCCCUGCAGAAAGUGAAGCGGAACCAGAGCUGCCUGGAGCCCUGCCUGCGUCAGCUGGUCUCCUGGCUGGAGUCUGUCGUGAACCAAGAGGACAGCACGUCCAGCAAUCCCUACGCUUUGCCAAACUCCGUAACACCCCCCUUGCCCACGUUCGCCCGGGUCUCCAACGCCUACGGCUCCUACCAGGACUCGAACAUCCCAUUUCCACGGACCUCUGGAGCCAGGUUCUGUGGUGCAGGGUACCUGGUGUACUUCACGAGACCCAUGACCAUGCACCGCGCGGUGUCUCCGAUGGAGCCCACGCCCAGGUCCCUGUCAGCUCUAUCAGCGUACCACAGUGGCCUCAUCACUCCGAUGAAGAUCCGCACAGAGACUCCGGGCAACCUGCGUCUGUACAGUGGGAGCCCGACACGCAGCGAGAAGGAGCAGGUCUCCAUUAGCUCCUUCUACUACAAAGAGAGGAUGUCUCCUCGCUCUGCCCGGCGACGUUGGUCCAUACAAGCAAUUAACGACUUCCCGAAAUCGAGGAGGUGGAAAAGCAAACGAGAGGGGACAGAUGCCAACAACAGACCCAUCAAAGCUGCUGGGAAAGUUAUUAUCCAAGAUAUUUCCUGCUUGCUGCCUGUCCACAAGCUGCUGGGAGAGCUCUACAUACUGAAUGUGAAUAAUAUCCAGGAGACUUGCCAGAAGAACGCUGCCUCGGCCUUGGCUGUGGGACGGAGGGACCUCGUACAGGUUUGGUCACUGGCCAUGGUAGCCACUGAUCUCUGUCUCGGACCGAAGUCUGACCCAGAUUUGGAGAUACCUUGGGCACAACAUCCAUUUGGACGUCAAUUACUGGAGUCCUUGCUGGCUCAUUACUCACAGCUCCACGACGUGCAGACCCUGGCCAUGCUCUGCAGUGUGUUUGAAGCCCAAUCCAGGCUACAGGGGUGCCCCAACUCCUACGGCCCCUUUCCUCAGCGUGCCUCCAACCUGGCCUCCCACAGCCGAUACCCCAGCUUUACUUCCUCUGGCUCCUGUUCCAGCAUGUCAGAUCCUGGAAUUGGCACCGGAGGCUGGAGCAUAGCAAACAAAGACACGGAGCAGGCCUCCACUCCCUGGUGCGAGUCUUCUCCGGAUGACUUCCGCUACGGAAACCUCAUGUAUCCUGAUCAUCGGGAGCGGGAGAAAGACCAGCAUGAGAAAAACAAAAGGCUGCUGGAUCCUGCCAACACUCAGCAAUUCGAUGACUUUAAGAAGUGCUAUGGAGAAAUCCUUUAUCGCUGGGGCCUGCGAGAGAAGCGGGCGGAGGUUCUGAAGUUUGUCUCGUGUCCCCCUGAUCCCCACAAAGGAAUUGAGUUCGGGGUGUACUGCAGCCACUGCCGCAGCGAGGUGCGUGGCACCCAGUGUGCCAUCUGCAAGGGCUUCACCUUCCAGUGCGCCAUCUGCCACGUGGCCGUGCGCGGCUCCUCCAACUUCUGCCUGACCUGCGGACACGGGGGCCACACCAGCCACAUGAUGGAGUGGUUCCGCACGCAGGAGGUGUGUCCCACGGGCUGUGGGUGCCACUGCCUGCUCGAGAGCACCUUCUGAGCAGGGGGGACAGUGGGGCCACCCCACAAUGGGGUGGAGGGUUUCAUUCCCAAGCUCUGCUCCGCAGUGUCCGGAGGGGAUCGUCACGAGGAGCUGAAGUGGGAUGUCCUGGCCACGUGCUGUGGUGAUGUUUACAAGUGCUUCCAGUACUCCUACACUUCCCAGGUUGCUUUCAGAUUGAUUUGACUGAAUUCCCUGUGUCCAUUGCUGGCAAUGGAUGCCAGACCAGAAAAACUGCUCUCUCCUGCAGAGGGGUGUGUGAACAUUGGUGCGUUUGGGAUGAGGAGGUGUUUGAAAGCUCCCCUGGAAAGAGCCCACCUGGCAGAGCCAAACUCACUCCAGUGAUGUAGUGUCUCUCCAGGUUCCUCCUUACAGGGGCUCAAAGUGAGCAAAACAGUUGUUUUACACACUUAAAGGCAGAAAUAAUUCUCAACCAACAGUGAGCUCUAGAGGUGAGCUGUAAAUGGCGCUUGAAGAGCAAAUAGUCUGUGAGACUGUGCUCAGAGUUACUUAUUUUGAAUGGCUGUUUACAUUGUUUAGAUUUCCCCAUAAAGCAAGAGAAGGAAAUGGCAUUUUUCAGCAUUACUUCUUAAAUAGCUUCCUGCUCACUGGUCAGUACCUGUGGCUGGUGCAAAAAGCCCAGCCAAGUACCCAAGGUCCCUGGGAUUAGUUGCUUCCAGCAGUUUUAGUACUGCUAGGCUUUAAGGUGUCUCCAUGUCCUGCUCUGACCAGGUGAAAAAAUGCACUUUAACCUGUCCCUGCCUUGUUGCUGACACUUCCUGGUGACUGGGAAAGGCACCUGCCUUUCAGUUUGGGAUCCACAUUGUCUUUCCAUAGAUGGUGGCAUAUUGGAAAGCCUUUGCUUCCUCACUGAGAAAACACAAGGACACUUGUUCCAUGCAACUCCUUUUGGCUGUUGUCUCCAAGCUCUACGGGGAAAAUUAUGGAUAAUUUGAGAUAUGCUGCUGCUGUGCUUGAGUGAUGAGGCUCCUGAGCCAGGGAGGCUGCAGUUUCUAGGGAAAAAGGGGUUUUGGAAGCAUGGUGAGAUCCAGGGAGGUGAAAGGUUUAUGCCCUUUCUCCCUGUGGAGCUUCAAUUGGAGAAUGUAUGGAUCUGUCUGUUGGAGCUGUGCCCACUGCCGUGCGGUGAGUGCACACCCGGAGCUCACAGGCUGCACCCCUCUGGGCUGGGCUCAGCCUGAGCUCUGGAUUUGGGCGAGUGUGUGGUCAGGGAUGAGCCCACCGGGGCUGCCCCCACCCGUGCCAGCGCUGAUCCCUCCCUCUGGGGCCCCCUGCCAUGCCUGCUCCCAACCCCUGUGCUAGCUCAGGCUGUGGGAUCCUGCUGUGGAAUAAACAGAUGUUGUAUCUUAAAACAUUAAAACUAUUUUUUUAA